UUCCAUUCUCCAAUUCGAAACUCACUCCUCUCUACACUCUACUCCCUUCUAAUCCUCAAAUUCAACUUCAAACAAACUUAUUUAACCAUCAACAUGACCUCUAAUUACAAUCUUGCCAUCGCUUUCUCUGCGCUGUUGCUUCUAGUACUACCCACUCUUUCAAUAGGAGAGCUUGUGCAAGAGCAACCGUUGGUGCUUAAGUACCAUAACGGCCAACUCCUUAAAGGACGGAUCACCGUUAAUCUAAUUUGGUACGGCACCUUCACCCCAAUCCAACGCUCAAUAAUCGUCGACUUUAUAAACUCACUUAGCUCCACGGGUGCGCCUCUUCCAUCCGCUGCCACGUGGUGGAAAACAACAGAGAAAUACAAGGGAGGAAGCGGAUCCUCUGCGCUCGUCGUAGGGAAACAGUUCCUGCACCCGGCUUAUUCUCUCGGGAAGAAUCUCAAGGGAAAGGAUCUUCUCGCUUUAGCCACCAAGUUCAACGAACUCUCUUCAAUAACCGUUGUGCUCACCUCAAAAGACGUUGCCGUUGAAGGUUUCUGUAUGAGUCGCUGUGGGACCCACGGGUCUAUCCGACGUGGCAACGGCGGAGCACGAACCCCUUAUAUAUGGGUUGGAAACUCCGAAACUUUAUGUCCCGGACAAUGCGCGUGGCCAUUCCACCAACCUAUUUAUGGGCCACAGACGCCGCCGUUAGUGGCGCCUAACGGUGACGUUGGUGUUGACGGUAUGAUCAUCAACUUAGCCACACUUCUAGCCGGCACCGUCACGAAUCCGUUUAACAACGGGUAUUUUCAGGGACCGGCGACGGCGCCGCUUGAGGCCGUUACGGCCUGCACUGGCGUUUUCGGUAGUGGAGCGUAUCCGGGUUACGCGGGUCGGGUUCUUGUUGAUGGAACUACCGGGUCGAGCUAUAAUGCGCACGGCGCGAACGGGAGGAAGUACCUAGUGCCCGCGAUGUGGGACCCGCAGACCUCGGCAUGCAAGACUCUAGUCUGAGGAGGGGACCGGAGGAUGAACACGUGGCGUGAUGUGGUGUACGGGCUGUAGAUAUGGGUUGAUAAAUACGGGGGGCAGUUGAAUGAUGCUCUGGCUAGGGGAGUGAGUGUAUUUUUAAGCUGCUUUUGUCGUUUAGUGUGACAUGUAAAUUCUGUUUCUAAAUUCUAAAGGAAAAUGUUAUUAUAAAAUAUGGAAAACGAGGAAAAAACACGAGCCAUAUCACAAUAAUCUAAUAUGCAAUGUAUUCAAAGAAUUAUGUUAAUGUUAAAAGUGAUAUUUCUCAUAA